GCGGUGCAAAGCCGAUGAGGUAAUCGGGGUAAACAGUAAAAAUGGCGACGUCUGUCAGCCGAGAGGAGCAGCUCAACCUAAACGGGAUCCUUCCCGAGCCCCAGACGAAAAAACUGACAGACCUUCCGACCGAGCUGCUCGAGUACAUCCUGUGCUUUCCCGCCCUCAAGCACGUGGACGUCUGCAACGUUUCCUGUUGCUGCAAGCGGCUCCACGACGUUUGCCACGGAAGUGGGAAGGUCUGGGGCAACCAAUACAAACUCAGAUGGCCGAGGCUGCAGAAGUUUUACCGUCAGAAUGAGAGCUGCGACUGGCUCCGAGAGUACAAAACACGCCACCGAGUCGGUAUACAAAUCCGAAGAACCGUGGAGUCCAUCUCCAAGAGGUUCUUCACAGAAGUUCCGUGCGUCGGCCAGGUGCUGGGCGACAGCUUCGCGGAGAUCGAGUCCCUCGGGAUGCCGGGUCACUUCUGCGAAGACGAGCUCCUCUUCUUACUGAACUCCGACAAAAGGAAAAACCUGACAUUGAAAUACUAUGCAAAGAAAAUUCUUUACUUCCUGCGGCAGCAGAACAUCCUGAGGAGUCUGAAGAGCUUCCUGGAGCAGCCUGCAGAGCAGCAGUCAGCCCUAGAAGGAGCUGUCCUGGUGGAUCAGUACUGCAACCCGCUGGCCGACGUCACGCUGGACGGCGUCUCCCUGCAGCUGGACGAAAUCGGAGAGAAAGUCAAAAAGGUGCUGAGGCUCAAGAGUCCCGCCCACCCCAGCCUACGCGCGCUCCAAGGUGAGGGCGUCCUGGAGGACUUGGAGCUGCAGAGGCAGGUGCUGUGCGCCCUCAACGCUGUUCUAUACGAGCAGCUGCAAUACAAAGGCAAUGAGGGUGACUACUACAACCCGCUCAACUCCUACAUCCACCAGGUGCUACUUCGCCGUACAGGCAUUCCCAUAAGCCUCUCUGUUCUCUACAUGACGCUGGCUCGGAGGCUGGGGGUCCAGCUGGAGCCCGUCAACUUCCCCAAUCACUUCCUGCUGCGCUGGAGCCAGAGGCCGAGAGGGAGCCAGGACAUCACCGACUUUGUCUACAUCGACGCCUUUGGCAAAGGCAAGCAGCUCACAGCCAAAGAGUGCGAAUACCUGAUCGGCCACCAGGUGACGGCAGAUUACUACAGCUCCAUCAGCACCACCGAGGUGCUGCUCCGGAUGGUGGGGAACCUGCUGAAUAUCGGCAAGAGGGGGGAGGGCAACGAGAAAUCCUACCAGCUGCUGAGGGAUUCGCUGGACCUCUACCUCACCAUCAACCCUGACAAUGUGCAGUAUUUGCUGCUGCAGGCGCGCCUCUACUUCCACCUGGGAAUCUGGCCGGAGAAGGUUCUGGACAUCCUGCAGCACAUUCAGGCGCUGGAUCCCUCGCAGCACGGGGCAGUGGGUUACCUGGUGCAGCACACGCUGGAGCACAUCCAGCACAAGAAGCACCCGGUGACCCCCGAGGUGAAGAGGCGCAGCGCUCCGGAGCACCUGGAGGUCCAGUUCUCAGUCGGCCUCAUCAUGAAACACAAGAGGUCGGGUUACAACUGUGUGAUUUACGGCUGGGACCCGAAAUGCACCAUGAGCCAGGAGUGGAUCACCACAAUGAGGGUCCACCAGCUGUCCAGCGGAGCCAACCAACCGUUCUACAACGUGCUUGUGCAGGACGGCACGUGCCGCUACGCAGCACAAGAGAACCUGGAGCCACAUUCAUCUCCGCUGGAGAUAGGCCACCCGGAGGUGGGCCGCUACUUCUCCCUGUUUGCUGAAAGCCACUACGUUGCCAACGAGGAGCUGCAGACGCGAUACCCAGAGGACAUGGCGGAGACCCUGGGCACCGUGGAGGAGCUCUACCACAGACUCACUCCGGGCUCUGAGAGCCAAGCGGCUGCGGCGGCGGCGGCGGCGGCUGCUGCUGCUGCUGCUGCCGCCACAGACCGAAACAGUCACUGAGCCACGACCACGCGGCCAACUUCUCGCCAGUCAUUACCAGGUCAAGUGUUGGAGAAAGAUUGAUUUUUUUUUUUUUUUGUUUUGCUGUGUAACAUCAAAAUACCACGCUGUAGUUGCUGUUAGGACAAAUCUUACCGUGCAUGAUGCUCAUUAGCCUUUUAGGAAUCCAGUCGGUGACUUUGAAAACAGAAAAAAAAAGGUAGGAAAAAUACCAAAACCAGAAAACACAACUUCCAGAAACCUGCUUGUGGAAAUUUAUCAAGACGAGCAUCCAGGUGCUGAAGAUCCAAGAAAACGCACUUUUUAGUUUCCAUCUUUGAACAGUUUCCUAUCUUCAACAUUCCUACAGUAUGUUCCCUUUUUAUUUCUGUACAUUUGCAUUACAAGUGAAACAUGUACGAUGCCACCAGGACCCAUGUGUCUUUUAACAACCAACAGGAAACUUGAAACUGAAAAACUACAAAAAAUAAAGUGUUUCAAGGUUUAAAA